AUGGAAGAACAUAAACCUCGCAAUGUUCUGAUAUGUGGUAAGCCAAAGAGUGGCAAAACAACACGUGCUUUUCAGAUUGCAAGUGAAAUUUUACUUAAUAAUCCAAAUUCAUUUUGCCUUGUUUUAACAAAUUGUGCCAAAUUUAUAAGGAAAACACCAAAUAUACCAAAUAAAAGCGAACUAGCCGAUAGAUUUCUUUUCAAAUGUAUUUCAAAUAAAUCAGAAUUAGUUCAUGCAGCGAGUGAGCGACAUUUAUUCACAGAUAAACAACUAUCAUGCAUAAUAGUAGAUGAUAUGUAUAAUUUCAUCAUAGAUCAAAUCAAUCCUACUUCUACAAUUUCAGCAAUCGCUUUACUUUGGAAUUCAGCACUUAUUUAUGAGAACUGUUCACUUAUUAUUACGACAAUAAUGAAGAAUAAUGAUUAUAUCAAAAGUUUCAGGAUUAUUAUGGAUGAAUACGAAUCAAUGCAGGAUGGAAAGCCAGAAAUCCAUAAAUUCCACAAGAGUCUUAAAAAGAUGAAUGCUGAUUUCUUUGAAGGAACUUAA